AUGCCUCCGAAGAAGGGAGCGGACGCUCCGAUGAGCGAGUUCGAGCGAAGGCGAUUGGAAAAUAUCGCUGCGAAUCAACAGAUGCUCAGCGACGUAGCCGUGAUAGCUAAGAGAGUUGCGCCUACGCCCAAGAAAAAAACUACCCCUUCGCGACCAAAAACUCGUACACCUGUCAAAAGAGAAGUCGCAAAGCCCACCCGCCAAAGUUCAAGGCUGGCAGGCCUGGAUGCAGACAACGAAACCCUCAAGAGAAAAUUUGAGGUCGAAGCCGAAGUCAUCGCGGAACAAGCUAAGGCGAAGAGACUAAGAAACAACGGUGAUUUAAGCUUGGGAGAUGUUGCGGUUGAUGGAAAGAAGUGGAAUGCCGACGUGGAUGUUAUUAAGGGUAUCACCCAUGGCGCUCAACCUGGCGUGCGAACCUUUACUGAAGACGAUGUCCGAGAGACGACUGAUAAGGGGCUCAAGGAGUUGAGAGAGCGCAUGGGAGACCUCGAACUAUACGAGCACUGGCUUCCAAAUGACAUCAAAAUCACGCCGCAAAGAGUCUACGCUCUUGGGUUCCACCCCACCGAAACGAAACCGCUUGUAUUUGCUGGAGACAAGGAGGGCAACAUGGGAAUAUUUGACGCGUCGCAGACUUCUCCUGAUGUUGAUGAUGAAGACGAAGAUGCCGCUGUUCCAGGCCCUAUUAUUUCGGCCUUCAAAACACACACCCGGACGAUAUCUUCGUUCGUCUUCGCACAGAAUGAGCCAAACUCAGUUUAUACAUCGUCCUACGAUAGUUCGAUAAGAAAGCUUGAUCUAGAAAAGACAGCCUCAGUACAGGUGUGGGCACCCCGCGACGAGGAUGAAGAGUUGCCCAUCUCUGCCCUCGAUAUGGCUGAAUCGGAGCCUAAUCUCUUGUUCUUCUCAACUCUCGACGGCGGCGUGGGACGCUAUGAUACGCGAACUUCUGACGAUGCCGAGAUCUGGACGCUCUCUAGCCAUAAGAUCGGAGGAUUCUCGCUUCACCCGCUGCAACCUCACUUGCUUGCGACUGCAUCCUUGGACCGUACACUGAAGAUUUGGGAUCUUCGCAAGAUCAGUGGUAAGGGCGACCUUCGACACCCUGCACUCCUCGGUGAGCAUGAGUCACGACUGUCUGUUUCGCAUGCAUCCUGGAGUCCUGGCGGGCAAAUUGCUACCAGUUCAUAUGAUGAUACGAUAAAGAUUUACGAUUUCGGCAACGCUUCAUCAUGGAAGACUGGACAUGACAUCAAGGAGAGUGCUAUGAAACCUGCUCACACGGUCCGCCACAACAACCAAACUGGACGAUGGGUCACUAUCCUGAAGCCUCAAUGGCAGAAGAGGCCACAUGAUGGCAUUCAGAAGUUUGUUAUCGGCAACAUGAAUCGCUUUGUAGACGUCUUUGCUUCAGAUGGUAGCCAACUGGCCCAGCUUGACGGCGAAGGAAUUACAGCAGUGCCUGCGGUCGCCCAUUUCCACCCAUCGCAGGACUGGGUCGCUGGAGCCACAUCCAGCGGUAAACUUUGUUUUUGGCAGUGA